AUGUUGGUCAUCCGUGGUGCACUUUUUUUAACUGCAAAGAACUGCAGCGCUUUGUUGGGAUGCCGAAGCAAGCAUACUCUGCCCGAUUUGCCGUAUGAUUUUGGUGCACUCGAACCGGUCAUUUGCCGUGAAAUCAUGGAGCUUCAUCAUCAGAAGCAUCACAAUGCGUAUGUCACGAAUCUGAAUGCAGCUGAAGAACAGCUGCAGGAUGCUGUGGCAAAGAAGGAUGUCUCCAAGAUCAUUCAGCUUGGAAACGCGAUCAAGUUUAACGGAGGUGGUCACAUUAAUCACUCGAUCUUCUGGAAAAAUCUAUCUCCGGAUCGAAGCGAUCCGUCGGUAGAUCUGCAGAAAGCACUGAACCGUGAUUUCCAAAGUAUGGAAAAUUUUAAGAAGGAAAUGAAAGCUGCUGCCGUAGCUGUGCAGGGAUCUGGUUGGGCAUGGUUGGGGUAUAACAAGAAGACAAAGCUGCUUCAAAUUGCCGCCUGUCCGAAUCAGGAUCCGUUGGAAGCAUCCACGGGUCUUGUCCCACUAUUGGGCAUCGAUGUGUGGGAGCACGCUUACUAUCUUCAGUACAAAAACUUAAGACCCAACUACGUCGAUGCCGUAUUUGAUGUCGUGAACUGGAAGGAUGUCUCUGAACGGUUGGUAAAAGCCCAAUAA